UGCCAGACACCGUAAAAACCGGUAGUCAGUGAAACAAUAAGAUUAUGUGAAGUUAUAGCGUAAUGCAGCGACGGGUGGCACAGCCCGGUUUAAAUACUGGGAAACAGAGGCUCGAGGCAGAGGGCGUGGCCGCGAGCGCUGACGCUCUGUGUUUAUGUGGAAGGAGCAGCGAGCAGUCAGUCCGGUAACCUGCCAGACCUUCAGACCGUGGACCUCAAACGUGUGCUGUAGUGUCACCCCAGCCCGGGUGCCAUGGUCCUCAGUUACACAUGAGCUCUACUAUGUGGUACAUCAUGCAAAGCAUUCAGAGUAAAUACUCAUUGUCUGAGCGGCUCAUCCGCACAAUCGCAGCCAUCCGCUCAUUCCCACACGACAAUGUGGAAGAUCUCAUUCGUAAGGGAGCUGAUGUGAACCGGAUGCAUGGCACACUGAAGCCCUUGCACUGUGCCUGUAUGGUCGCUGAUGCUGACUGUGUGGAGCUGCUGUUGGAGAAAGGCGCGGAGGUGAAUGCUUUGGACGGAUAUAACCGCACAGCACUGCACUAUGCAGCUGAGAAGGAUGAGAGUUGUGUGGAGUUGCUGUUGGAGUAUGGGGCCCAGCCAAACGCCCUGGAUGGCAACAAGGACACUCCACUUCACUGGGCCGCCUUCAAAGAUAACCCAGAGUGUGUAAGGGCCCUGCUGGAGAGCGGGGCCUGUCCUAAUGCACGGGACUACAACAAUGACACGCCUUUGAGUUGGGCAGCAAUGAAGGGUAACCUGGAGAGUGUUAAGGUGCUAUUAGACUAUGGAGCACAGGUCCACGUGACUAACCUGAAGGGCCAGACCCCUAUCUCUCGACUGGUGGCCCUGUUGGCCCGGGGCCUGGGCACUGAACAGGAGGAGGAAUGCCUGGAGCUGCUGUGCCGGGCAGCUGGGCGGUUUGAAAUCCGACGGGCUGACGGCACUCUUCCCAGGGAGCUGAGUAAGGAUCCCCAGCUGCUGGCGAGGCUGACCAGCAUGGUGGCUCAGGCUCCCACGCUUCGCACUCUGGCACGCUGUGCUGUCCGGCAGAGUCUUGGAGUCCAGUUCCUCCCCACUGCUGUCAAAGAGCUUCCUUUACCAGAGACCAUAAAAGACUAUUUACUGCUGAGAGACUGAGGUGAUAAAACCAUUGGGGAGCUCUCAGCCAUCGCUGAUUAUUUGACAGCUCAUCACAAAGCUUUUAUUGGCAAAGAAGUCCCUCCAUUAAAUUAUAGGGUAUUGUCUGACAGUGGCCCUCAUUUAUUAACCCUUCUUGCAAAUGAUUAUGGAUUUAUGCCCCAGAAGAGACGUACAAACCUCUCUAAGUCCUAUUCCAUUAUCUGGUGGUUAGAGAGCCAGUACGCCUUUGACAUUUUAAGUACUUAUGAUGGAGUUUUCAUAUGCAAAGUUUACAAAAAGUGUUAAAUGUUAUAUUUUAAUGAUUAAAUACAAUAAAAUAAUGUUAUUAUGGUUCAUCACAGAACAUGAGGAAAAACCUAAAUGUCGAGUUUGCUGGUAAAAGUCGUAGUGUAUGCUCAUUGUAGGAUUAUAAUUAAAUUAAAGAUAGGUUUAUGAAUGAGGGCUAAUGUCUAAUGAUGCAGGCUGUUUAGAGGAUGUAAUUCCUGAAGUGGUGCUUAGGAGCAAAUGUAAUGUAGUGUAUUUGAUAGUUGGAGUGGCCAUCUCUCUCUCAGUGACGUCCCAGUGAACUCACUGUGCAAUCAUUUCUGCAAUACCAAGGAAAAAUAAAGUUAAAAGAAUAACACUCUGAUGACAACAAAAAAGAUUGUGCCAGAUGGGAAAAUGUAUUUAAUUAGAAGCAACGUCAUGUUGCAGAAUAUUAUCAUUGGUUUAUCAAAAUGUGCCAGGCACGCUAUUCUUGCCACCAUCUAGCCCUCUGAAACACUGAUAAAAGUGAUGUCAACAUGCCUGCUGUCAUAUGUGAUUUAUUAUUUAUUUGGGCUUCAUUUUAAAGGAGAAUGCAGUUGCCAAGGAGGAAUAAAAUUUUCUCUCUUUUUUUUAAAUGACAGAUCUUUUCAGUCUUAACUUGCAAAAGUUUGGGUUUUCAAAGGUGCUCCCAGAUCUAAAUUUGUUGCAGCAUAUGUAAAAAAGAAAUUUAUUUUAAAUUCAGUGUUUAAACGUUACAACCAUGGAAUGGCAUGAUUACUAAUUUUAUGUCCUUGAGAGAUUCACUAAAUAAGCUUGCAAAAUGUAUUAACAUUUGUUAUGGCUUACAUUUGUUUUGGCAUCUGUCUGAACUCUGACCAAUUUUGUGAUCGAUUCUGUUUGCUUGUUCUAUUUCUGUAUAGAAAUUAACCCCGUAGAUCAUGUUGUGUGUACACCUGCAAAAGUGCUUUUUUCUUUGUCAAUGAAAGUAAAUGCCUUUAUAUUCCUUUAA